UUUUCAUAAAGAACUUUAUUCCCUUUGGAGGGAAAGGUUUUCGUUCUUUUAACUGAAGGUUUUCCACAUUUCUCGUUGAGUUCCUGGCUUGUAAACAGUUACAGAAGUAGCCAGAAGGAGCAUACCCUGCUACUUGUCUUUGGGAAUCUGAAAUCAGAGGAGUUAGACAAUUAUCUAAUAAUUUUGGUCUUGUUACCUGAAGAGAAAGUUGUGGUUGGGAAAGUGGGGCUUGACCUAUUUUUUGAUUAAAUUCUUAGGACUCAUCUGUGGAAUGCUUCAAGACCCAAGAGAAGGGAACCCGGUGGCCUUAGUCUUCAGGUGGAACAGCGUGCGACAUGGGAAAGAAAACCAAGCGGACAGCUGACAGUUCUUCUUCAGAGGAUGAGGAGGAGUAUGUUGUGGAGAAGGUGCUAGACAGGCGCGUGGUUAAGGGGCAAGUGGAAUACCUACUGAAGUGGAAAGGUUUUUCUGAGGAGCACAAUACUUGGGAACCUGAGAAAAAUUUGGAUUGCCCUGAGCUAAUUUCUGAGUUUAUGAAAAAGUAUAAGAAGAUGAAGGAGGGUGAAAAUAACAAACCCAGAGAGAAGUCAGAAAGUAACAAGAGGAAAUCCAAUUUCUCAAACAGUGCUGAUGAUAUCAAAUCUAAAAAAAAGAGAGAGCAGAGCAAUGAUAUCGCUCGAGGCUUUGAGAGAGGACUGGAACCAGAAAAGAUCAUUGGGGCAACAGAUUCCUGUGGUGAUUUAAUGUUCCUAAUGAAAUGGAAAGACACAGAUGAAGCCGACCUGGUUCUUGCAAAAGAAGCUAACGUCAAAUGUCCACAGAUUGUGAUAGCCUUUUAUGAAGAGAGACUGACAUGGCAUGCAUAUCCUGAGGACGCGGAAAACAAAGAGAAAGAAACAGCAAAGAGCUAAAGGAGGGGGUGGUCUCUGUCAUUUCUCUUUGUACAUAAUACAUUCACCUCCCAACCUCCUCUCCCUUCAACCCACCCCCUUCUAUCCUAAACACAUCCAUAAAAAAUGUGCUUAUCACUGUGCUCCACAGGAGAAA